CUGAUUGUCACUUCUUUUUUGUUGUCAAAACUUAACCUAAAAAAAAUUAACGAUAACUACUUUUGAAUAUUAUUUGUUAUAACGUUGAAAUUGUUGUUUUAAAUGGAUAAAGUACUGCCGGAUUUUGAAAAUUUAAAAGUGUCCGCAUUCAGCAAGUACACUAAGUUGACGGGUGACAUUAACAAUGUUACCAUUGGACCCAAUAGUGUUGGUCAUCAGAAUUGUAGUUACGAUGGGACAAAACCUAAAAGCAACACAAAGAAAGUUUCAUUCAAAAAAGAACAAACGACAAGUACAAGUCCGCUUCCAUUAACAUAUGUUUUGAAAGAGUUUGAAACUCAAAGACGGGAGAAGGUGCAAGAAGCUAUUGAUGACCGGUUUAGUAAAUUUGAAAAUUUCACGAAACGCCAAAAGGAAGAAAAAGAAACACAAUGGCUUCUGAAGCAACAAGCUUUCGUCCAAAGCGUGCAAGAAAACGAACAAACAAUUUUACAGACCAUCAGUCAACAGGACGUUAACAGGUCAAAACAAAAUGAAAAAUUAAUUAAACAAUAUCAAGAUAUGAUUCAACGUAAGCUGCAAUAUGAACAACAGUUAGAAAAGAAUAAAGAGAAACAGAGAAUUUUGAAUGAGAAUAUUGAAAAAAUCAAGAAAUACCAACUUGAGUUCAAGUCAGUAUAUCAAGAAAUUAUUGUUGUUAUCAAAACAUGCACGUCAACUGAAGAAUUAAAGAAAAUGUUAGGAGAACACUUCAAGUUGUUGAAAUCUCUUCCAGAGAGUUUUGAUGAAGUGAUCUCUAGGUGUAAGUCUUACAGUGUAGAUGAAGAACAAUUGUCAAAGGCUGCAAAUAUACUAAUUAAGAGUAAAAAUUUGAAACUGCAAAUAGAAGAAACUAUUUCCAAAAUAAACGCUAAGAAGAAAGAAGAGCAAGUACAAGUUCAAGUACCGGUCACUGUAGAAGUCCCCAAAAAUACCAGUGCACAAAAGCAUUUAGAUGAAACUAAAAAUACUCUAGUCGGAUUGAAUCAAUGUGUGAGCAUCAACAAUCUUAAAAAGUAUGCAGAUAUUAAACAGUUCUUAUCACAAUAUUCAUCAUUAUUUAAAGAGCUGUUAAAUGACGAGCAACAAAAGCAGUACCGAUUUGACUGUAAAAAAGCUGUAAAUAUUCCUGUAAAUGCCAUUUCCGCCGUCAGUUCUGAACAUUUAAGAGAUAAGUACACCAAGUUAAACAACUUAUUAUCAGGAAAGACAGUAGCAAUAGCUGAUAAACACAUAAAUGCUGCAAAACAACCACAAGGUAUUCCUUUUUGUAUGGACUUGUUAGCAAAAAAAUUUGUAUUACAAGGUGAUUUGAUGAUAUCCAGCAACCCUGAAGCAGCAUUCUGUUAUGCUACAAUAAUAAUAUCACUAUGGAAUGAUUUUCCUGAUUUUGGCAAGUUACUGCUUGGUUAUUUCUACACACAGUGUCCAUACCUGGUGCCGUUUUAUAUCCCAAAAACAGAAGAUCAUACUAAUGAAGAGUAUUAUAUCAGCUUAGGAUACCAUUACGUAGAUGGUCAAAUUGAAAAACAAGACAAAUUCUUAAAGAGAAUGACAGGUAUUUUGAGGUUGUAUUUUGCUAUUAUGAUUGCACAUCCCAAACGAGAUCAAGCAAAAAAUCCUCAUGAUAUUAAAAAUGCAUGGAAUUUUUUGGCUUCAAUUUUGAAGCUGGAUCCUCAAUUAGAUAUCACAGCCACUUCACUUCACAUAUUUCUAGAGACAGUGGGGUUUGAAAUGGAGAGAGUUUAUGGGCUUGCUUUUAAAAAAGUAGUUAGAAUUAUUAUAAAUAAGUUUAUGCCUCUCCUGAAGAAAAUUGAUACAGGAGGCCCAGUGACAAGACUGGAAGUUCUUUUGCAAAACUACAAAGUGAAAGGUUAUUUUGAAAAGCCUCACGGCAUUUUAACGCCCAAUUUUUGGUAAUUUUAUAGUUUAUUUAUUGUGUAUGCACCCCUUAUAAAUAAAUAUCUACUCAUUUA